AGUGUAAGGGGAUAAAAAUUCUAAACUAAGGUGAGCGUUAAAUGUAUACUUUAACAAAAGUUUCCGUGACCGAACCGAAGUUUAAAACACCGGAAAAUGUCGGGAAAAACACUUCCGACGAACCUUUGCUGCUCGGAUUCCUCAAGAGUCCAAUGUCAUUAUUGCAAAGCUUCAAAGAAUCGUUAAAGCCCUGCAAAACCCUAUCUUCUUCCUCAUUUCCAUCAUUAUCAUCACAAUCUUUUACGCGGUCCUCAUUCUCACAACAAGAAUCCGACCCAACCGGAUUUUCGAGAAAACCCCCCAAAUCCUCUAUCUCACGGCAGCUUCAACGCCUUGAAGAAGAUCAUCUUGCUUUGACACAGGAAAGUGAGUUAACCGAUUUGCAAAACCUUGAAACGCAACAUGCCCAUGUUGAAAAGAAGGGAGAUGAUGAAGAAGAGGAGGAGAAAGAGGAAGAGAUUAAAGAAUUUCGGAGACCCAAUUUGGGUCAGUUCAAGUUUGGUACCACAGGACUUUAUGAGCCAUUAAUUUUGUCUGUGGAGGGAGAAGUUCCUGUUGUACAGGUGAUUUCUACAUGAUUGAUUUAGUCAGUUAUUUCUUUUUGUUAAAGUUUCGUUCUUUUGCAUCUUAAAUUACAACUUUGCCAGGUGAAUUGGUCCAUUUUGAAAUUCUGGGUGAAAUUCAUGUUUAUGAUUUAGAGAAUAGAGAAUAAUUUUCUGA